AUUUAGUAAAAAGCUCUGCAUCUAAACAAAUUCUUGAUAUUAUUGUAAAAAGAUGGAAUAGUAUGUAUAACCCUAUAAUAGAAAUAGCAUAUCUUAUUGAUUCUAAAUUUCAAGGUGAAACAUUAGCUAAUGAUAUUAUGACAACAGUAUCUGAUUUUAUUAAAAAAUAUUAUCCUGAAACUUGUACUAAAAUUUAUAGCCAAUUGUUAGAAUAUUUAAAUCAUUCAGGUCCAUUUAAUAAUAUUAUGGCAUGGAAAACAGUUAAAGAAGUUGAUCAAUUAACUUGGUG